AACAGCCUCAACUCUCCUCAGAACCCUUCCACUGUCCUCGCUGGGCACAGGCAUCAUGAGCUGUCGGAUCUCAAGCAGAUCUCGAGGAAGAGGAGGAGGUGGAGGAUUCCGGGGCUUCAGCAGCAGCUCGGCUGUGGGCUCUGGUGGGAGCCGGAGAUCCACCAGCAGCUUCUCCUGCUUGAGCCGCCAUGGCGGUGGCGGAAAGGGCGUCGGUGGAGGCGGCUUUGGCAGCCGGAGUCUUGUUGGCCUUGGCGGAAGCAAGAGCAUCUCCAUUAGUGUGGCUGGAGGAGGCGGAAGCUUUGGCUCUGGUGGUGGAUUUGGUGGCAGAGGAGGUGGCUUCGGAGGUGGCAGUGGCUUCGGAGGUGGCAUCGGCUUUGGAGGUGGCAGUGGCUUCGGAGGUGGCAUCGGCUUUGGAGGUGGCGGUUUUGGAGGCGGCGGCUUUGGUGGAGGCCGCUUUGGAGGUGGCGGCGGCUUUGGCGGUUUUGGGGGUCCCGGUGGCUUCGGGCCUGGCGGAUUCCCUGGUGGUGGCAUCCACGAAGUGUCCAUCAACCAGAGCCUCCUGCAGCCUCUCAACGUGGGUGUGGACCCAGAGAUCCAGAAGGUGAAGGCCCAGGAGCGGGAGCAGAUCAAAACUCUCAACAACAAGUUUGCCUCCUUCAUUGACAAGGUGCGGUUCCUGGAGCAGCAGAACCAGGUGCUGCAGACCAAGUGGGAGCUGCUGCAGCAGGUCCAUGUGGGCACCCGCACCUCCAACCUGGAGCCCAUCUUCCAGGCGUUCAUCGCCCAGCUGAAGAGACAGGUGGACACGCUCUGUGCAGAAAGAACGUCCCAGGACUCAGAGCUGAACAGCAUGCAGGAUCUCGUGGAGGAUUUUAAGAAGAAGUAUGAGGAUGAAAUCAACAGGCGCACGGCUGCUGAGAAUGAUUUUGUGACGCUUAAAAAGGACGUGGACAAUGCCUACAAGGUCAAGGUGGAUCUGCAGGCCAAGGUGGACGUGCUGACCCAGGAGCUUGAGUUCCUGCGAAUCCUCUAUGAUGCGGAGCUGUCCCAGAUGCAACAGAGUGUCACCGACAUGUCUGUGGUUCUGUCGAUGGACAACAACCGUCACCUGGAUCUGGACAGCAUCAUUGCUGAGGUCCGCGCCCAGUACGAGGAGAUUGCCUUGAAGAGCAAGGCGGAGGCCGAGGCGCUGUACCACAGCAAGUAUGAGGAGCUCCAGGUCACUGCUGGGAAGCACGGAGACAGCCUGAAAGAGAUCAAGGUGGAGAUCAGCGAGCUGAACCGCGUGAUCCAGAGACUGAAGGGGGAGAUCGCCCACGUGAAGAAGCAGUGUAAGAGUGUGCAAGAAGCCAUUGCCGAUGCUGAGCAGAGGGGAGAGAACGCCCUCAAAGACGCCCAGCACAAGCUCUCUGAGCUGGAGGAGGCCCUGCAGCAGGCCAAGGAGGACCUCGCCCGGCUGCUGCGUGACUACCAGGAGCUCAUGAACGUCAAGCUGGCCCUGGACGUGGAGAUCGCCACCUACCGCAAGCUGCUGGAGGGCGAGGAGUGCCGGAUGUCUGGAGACCUCAGCAGCAACGUGACUGUGUCUGUGACAAGCAGCACGAUUUCUUCAAACGUGGCAGCCAAGGCCGGCUUUGGAGGCUAUGGUUCUGGAAGUAGAGGAUCCAGUUCUGGGGGAGGAAGAUACAGCUCUGGAAGUGGCGCUUACAGCUCUGGAGGCAGAGCGUCUAGCUCCAGAGGUGGCAGUGGAGGGGGCUGUGGCUCUGGAGGAGGAUAUGGUUCUGGAGGCGGCUCCAGAGGAGGCUCUGGCUCUGGAGGAGGAUAUGGUUCUGGAGGCGGCUCUAGAGGGGGCUCCAGCUCUGGAAGAGGAGGUUCUAGCUCUGAAAGAGGUGGUUCUGGCUCAGGUGAAGGUUGCGAUUCCAGCGUGACCUUCUCUUUUAGAUGAAGAUGGAGUCCCGCCCUUGACUCUCCCACUCCAGAAUGUAGAAGCCUGUCUCUGUACAUCUAACUGACGGCAAGUCAAAGGUUGUCAUCUACCUCUGAUGGCAUUUGGAGGAAAGGGAUGCCCCCAUACAAUUUUUGAAAUAGCUUCUCUCUAAACCAAUUAGUUGCAGCCAGUGACACCCUGUGUCCCCUGGGGACGAAUCUGCAUUGUCUAGGUUUGUGCUUCCAGCCAGGCCCCCUUCCUGGCCCCUCCUUGCGUUGUUCACUUGGGGGUCCUUUUCCUGAGGAGUGUCCUGUUGAGGCUGCCAUCUCCAAGCCUGCGUUCCCCCAGCAGUGCCCCCGGGGAAACAAGUUUCUGUUUAUAUAGCCUUUCCUGCUGGCUCUGUAUCUAAAGUGCUGUGGUCGUGGUGUCUGCACAAUAAACUUUGUUUGCAAUUCA